UGGGAGGAAAGAAGUGUUUCUGAGCUGGAGAAUUUAAAACAGAGCAUGUUGGAUGCAGAUUGUAUAUUAAAGGAGGUUAAGCCUUCUUUAUCUAAAUUGUCUCAAUCCCCAGCAUGGAUGCCUGCCCCAAAAGAAGCAGUACACAAAUGCAAAGUCCUCAGAAAGUAACCUUUGAAAGCAGAUGUUAAUGAUGGGUUAUGCUGUAGUAAUUAAUGAGCAUUUUUUUUCAGCUCCACCUCUAAUAAUAUAGCCUAGGCAUUCUUAGUAAGGAAACCUAUUAGUAUUUCUCCUUUUGAACUGCAAUUGCUUGAGUAGUUUGACAGCAGCUCAUACCAGAUAUUCUCUGGAAUAACAGAAGUUGCAGAAACAUUAAAAGGUCCUAACCAUAGAUGGUGUCCCUCAAUUCCUAUACAGCUUCAUUGAUACCAUUUUAUGUGUGGGUGUUCGCUGCUAUCAGGAAACCCUUUUCUGACACCUGCCAUGUGCCCUGAGGCAAAUUAUGGGUGGCUGCCAGAAACAUGGUGGAGUGGAGUAGGAGAGUGGAGGAUGUUCGUCUUGCUCCUCUCCCAUGCUCUGUUUUGCCAAAGAGUGCAGAAGGCUUUUGUUACACGAGUUAAAGUAAAUAUGCAGGAUAAGCUCCUGGAAAUCCCAUGCAAAGGUUUUCUUUACUGGGUGUUUGUGAUAAAAAGAGCUGGCCACCACAAGCAAAAUGGGUGGGCUUUGUCCACCACUGAUUCUCCCCCUGGCUGUGAGCUGGAGCCUACAAUGAAACACAGUUUUGCUUUUGACAACAUGGGCUAUGAGGACAGCUUUGAAACUGGGCCCUCUUCAUCUUCCCAAGAACACACUGUGGCAGUCAAUGUUGUGGGAAUGACUUGCCAAUCAUGUGUGCAGUCUAUAGAAGGCCGAAUUUCCAAGGUGAAGGGCAUUGUGAGUAUUAAAGUCUCCCUUGAACAGAACAAUGCUGUAAUAAAGUAUCUGCAGUCAGACAUAAGUCCUGAGCAGAUUUGCAAAGAAAUUCAGGAUAUGGGCUUUGAUGCCAACAUAGCAGAAGAGAGGUCGACAACAGCAACUGUAAAUUUGUCAUGCUUGAAGGAAGCAGUAGUUAAGCUUCGGGUAGAAGGCAUGACAUGCCAGUCCUGUGCCACCAACAUUGAAGGAAAGAUUAGGAAGCUGCACGGUGUGGCAAAAAUCAAGGUGUCACUUGGUAACCAGGAAGCUAUUAUUGUGUACUAUCCUUACAUCAUUCAGCCUGAUGACCUCAAGAGUCAUAUAAGUAACCUGGGGUAUGACUGCACCAUCAAAAGUAAAUCGGCCCCUUUGAAGCUGGGUGUCCUCGAUCUUGAGCGCUUGCAGAAUGCAAACCCCAAAGAGACACCAGCAAGUCUUGAGAGCAAUGGAGUAGAUCCACGGUUCACCAAGAUGAGUAGCACAGCUACAGUGGCUCUACAGGUAGAAGGCAUGCACUGCAACUCCUGUGUCAGAAACAUCGAAGGAAACAUAUCUAAUAUUCCUGGCAUACAAAGUAUUAAAGUGUCGUUGGAGCAUAAACAUGCUGUGGUACAGUAUAGCCCAAAUUUAAUUACCCUGCCAGCUUUGCAGCAAGCUAUUGAAUCCCUUCCACCUGGAAACUUUAAAGUAUGCCUCCUUAAUGGUUCAGAAACAAAUAAAGGAGCAUCUCCAUCACCUGCUUCCCAACACGAUCUUUUCAGAGAGCCACUGCAGGACACGACAUGCACGGCUGUCAUUAGGAUUGAUGGCAUGACCUGCAAUUCUUGCGUACAGUCCAUAGAAGGGAUCAUAUCACAGAGACAAGGAGUUCAAUGUAUAGCAGUUUCUUUAGCUGGCAGAACUGGGACCAUACAUUAUGAUCCAUCUGUCACUAACGGAGAAGAGUUAAGAGUUGCCAUAGAAGACAUGGGGUUUGAUGCUUCUGUACUGACAGUGUAUUGUGCAUUUAUUCAAGAUACUGCCACUGGAGAACAUAAGCACCAGCCUGACACCAGCAAAGCUGCUGUGCAGCCUCAAGCUCCAGAUCCUCCUCUCCAAGGCUGUUCCUCAGAUGCUGCUCCAGAUAGACCACAUCCUGAUGAGCCAAACCAGCCCAGUGGAGCGACAGCUGCGAAGUGUUUUUUACAAAUCACGGGCAUGACCUGUGCAUCCUGUGUGUCUACCAUUGAGAGGAAUUUGCAGAAACAAGAUGGGAUUGUUUCAGUGUUGGUAGCACUGAUGGCAGGUAAAGCAGAGAUAAAAUACAAGCCAGAACUGAUACAGCCUCCUGAAAUAGCACAGCUGAUCCAGAAUUUGGGUUUUGGUGCUACUGUCAUAGAAGAUCAUGCAGAAACAGAAGGGAAUGUGGAGCUUCUAAUUACAGGGAUGACUUGUGCUUCUUGUGUUCACAAUAUUGAAUCCAAACUCAUGAGAACAAAUGGCAUAUUAUACGCCUCAGUUGCACUUGCCACAUGCAAAGCUCACAUCCAAUUUGAUCCUGAGAUUACUGGACCUCGAGAUAUUAUAAAAAUAAUUAAGGAAAUUGGCUUUCAUGCUUCUGUGGCUAGAAGAGUUCCAAAUGCACAUAACCUAGAUCAUAAAAAGGAAAUCCAGCAGUGGAGGAAAUCUUUCUUGUGCAGCCUGCUGUUUGGUAUCCCGGUCUUAAUCCUAAUGAUUUAUAUGAUAAUACCUAAUGGUGAGCACCAUGGGUCUAUGGUGCUGGAACAGAACAUCAUUCCUGGAUUAUCUGUUUUAAAUCUUCUCUUCUUUGUCCUGUGCACUUUUGUUCAGUUUCUUGGUGGGUGGUAUUUUUACAUACAAGCUUACAAGUCACUGAAGCACAAGAUGGCCAAUAUGGAUGUGCUCAUCGUACUAGCCACAACGACUGCCUAUGUGUAUUCCUGUGUUAUCCUCAUGGUAGCAAUAGUAGAAAAAGCAGAGAAAAGCCCCAUCACUUUCUUUGACACUCCUCCGAUGCUGUUUGUAUUCAUUGCCCUUGGGAGAUGGCUGGAACACAUAGCAAAGAGUAGGACCUCAGAAGCUCUUGCUAAACUUAUAUCUCUUCAAGCCACAGAAGCCACUGUGGUGACUCUUGGACCUGAUCACUCUAUCAUCAGGGAGGAGCAGGUAGCUGUAGAACUGGUUCAAAGGGGUGAUAUCGUAAAGGUUGUUCCUGGUGGAAAGUUCCCAGUGGAUGGAAAGGUCAUUGAAGGCACUUCUAUGGCAGAUGAGUCUCUCAUUACUGGGGAAGCUAUGCCAGUCACUAAAAAGCCUGGGAGCACAGUGAUUGCUGGUUCUAUAAAUGCACAUGGCUCAGUUCUUGUUAAUGCAACUCAUGUUGGUAAUGAUACCACUCUGGCACAGAUUGUGAAAUUAGUGGAAGAAGCUCAAAUGUCAAAGGCACCCAUCCAACAACUGGCAGACAAGUUUAGUGGAUAUUUUGUACCAUUUAUCAUCAUCAUUUCAACAGUGACAUUGAUAGUAUGGAUCACAAUUGGGUUUAUAAAUUUUGAUGUUAUUCAAAAAUAUUUUCCUAAUCAGAACAAAGAUGUUUCAAAAGCUGAACUAAUACUGAGGUUUGCGUUUCAAACCUCAAUCACUGUGCUGAGCAUUGCAUGCCCGUGUUCUUUAGGCUUGGCUACCCCCACAGCUGUGAUGGUGGGCACAGGCGUUGCUGCACAGAAUGGUAUCCUCAUCAAAGGUGGAAAACCCCUGGAAAUGGCACACAAGAUCAAGACUAUAAUGUUUGAUAAAACUGGGACCAUCACCUGUGGAGUUCCUAAAGUCACGAGGGUGCUUUUGCUAGGAGACACAGCUGUGCUCUCUCUGAAGAAGGUACUGGCAGUGGUUGGCACUGCAGAAGCCAGCAGCGAGCAUCCUCUAGGAGUGGCAGUUACUAAAUACUGCAAAGAGGAGCUUGGUACUCAGAGCUUGGGGUACUGCACCGACUUCCAGGCAGUCCCAGGCUGUGGCAUCAGCUGCAAGGUCGGAGGUGUGGAGGCUGUCCUGGAUAUGGCCGAGGAGGGUCUCGAUAAGCUGGACGCUAACAGGAGUGGGGACAGCAGUGCUCCUCUGGGAGAUAAUAUGCUGGUCAUGCUCUCAGAAUCACAUGGUCCAUCAGCUUCUCACACAUACUCAGUGUUGAUUGGGAAUCGUGAGUGGAUGCGACGCAAUGGCAUGCAUAUUGCAAAUGACAUAGAUGAUGCAAUGACAGAUCAUGAAACAAAAGGACAGACUGCCGUACUAGUGGCUAUAGAUGGCACGUUGUGUGGAAUGAUUGCAAUAGCAGACACUGUCAAGCAGGAGGCAGCACUUGCUGUGCACACACUGAAAAACAUGGGAAUAGAUGUGGUGCUGAUAACGGGGGACAACAGGAAAACUGCAAAAGCCAUUGCUACUCAGGUUGGGAUCAAAAAAGUCUUUGCUGAGGUUCUUCCUUCUCACAAGGUUGCAAAGGUCCAGGAGCUCCAAAAUGGGAGGGUGAAGGUUGCAAUGGUUGGUGAUGGAGUCAAUGAUUCUCCUGCACUAGCCAGGGCCGAUGUUGGAAUUGCAAUUGGAACAGGCACUGAUGUUGCAAUUGAAGCAGCUGAUGUUGUUCUUAUUCGAAAUGACUUGCUGGAUGUAGUUGCCAGUAUUCACUUAUCAAAGAGAACAGUUCGGAGAAUACGAAUAAAUCUGGUUCUCGCCUUAAUUUAUAAUCUGCUUGGAAUACCCAUAGCAGCAGGUGUGUUCAUGCCUAUUGGCCUUGUGCUUCAGCCUUGGAUGGGAUCAGCUGCAAUGGCAGCUUCUUCUGUGUCUGUCGUGCUGUCUUCCCUGCAGCUGAAAUGGCAAGUUCUCUUAUACUCAUCAACUGGGACACCAUAGGCGGCACUGUUGCUGAGCCUCAAGUGAAAUGUUAUUUUGGGCUUUGACUGCAUAUGAGUAUGUGACAGUCUUUUAGCUUGGGGUUGUAAUUUCUAAUCCUUGGCUCCAAAAGAGAUGGGUGUCACUGUUAUGAACACACCUGGACUAAGACAGUACUGAGCAUUCCUUAACUAGCAGCUAAAAGUGUCACCAGAUGCCAUGCGGACAACUGUGUUGGAAAUCUAGUUCAAUAGGAAGUGCAAUAAUGAUCAGCACUGCUUUUGCUGCGAGUAUCAAGUGAAAAAAAUAAUUUAAAAGAUAGUUCUCCAUAAUGUACCAUUAGAUGUGUUUUAGAUUUGUACCUGAUUUUUUUUUUUUUUGGUCUAUUUAAUCUAGCCAGAGAGAAAGAAUCAUAGAAUAGUUGGGGUUGGAAAGGACCUUAAGAUCAUCUAGUUCCAGCCCCCCUGCCAUGGGCAGGGACACCACACCUGAGAGAGAAGCAGUGUAUUUAUUCUUUUGCAGCUUGCUACAGAUAAAGUAUCUUGCUCUGUAUUUUUGGAAGGGAC